AUGAACGUCUAUUUGGUCUUCUCCCUCUUCGAGCAGUAUGGGAAGGUGCUGGAAUGUGACAUCAUUAAGAACUACGGCUCUGUGCACAUGGACAAGACGGCGGCCGAGGAUGCCAUACGCAACCUGCACCACUACAAGCUGCAUGGGGUGAACAUCAACGUGGAAGCCAGCAAGAACAAGAGCAAAACCUCCACUAAGUUGCACGUGGGUAACAUCAGUUCCACGUGUACCAACAAAGAGCUUCGGGCCAAGUUUGAGGAGUAUGGUCCGGUCAUCGAGUGUGACGUCGUGAAAGAUUAUGGCUUCGUACACAUGGAACGGGCGGAGGAUGCAGUGGAGGCCAACAGGGGCCUUGACAACACAGAAUUUCAAGGCAAACGAAGGCACGUGCAGUUGUCCACCAGCCGGCUUAGGACUGCGCCCGGGAUGGGAGACCAGAGCUGCUGCUAUCGGUGCAGGAAAGAGGGGCACGGGUCCAAAGAGUGUCCGAUAGAUCGUUCGGGCCGAGUGGCAGACUUUACCGAGCAAGAUAAUGAGCAAGAUGGAGCAGUGCGUACACCUUACACCAUGAGCUAUGGGGAUUCAUUGUAUUACAACGACGCGUACGGAGCACCCGAUGCCUACUACAAGCGCUGCCGUGCAGCUGCCUCUGCCUAUAAUUACGCAGAGGAGACCCUGUCCCAGCUGCCACAAGUCCAGAACACAGCCAUGGCCAGUCACCUCACCUCCACCUCUCUCGAUCCCUACGAUAGACACCUGUUGCCGACCUCAGGAGCUGCUGCUGCUACAGCUGCCGCUGCUGCUGUUACUGCAGCUUCGACUUCAUAUUACGGGCGGGAUCGGACCCCCCUGCGUCGCGCUACAGCCCCAGGCCCCACUGUUGGAGAGGGCUACUGUUACGGGCAUGAGAGUGAGUUGUCCCAAGCCUCGGUGGCUGCGCGGAAUUCCUUGUACGACAUGGCCGGGUAUGAGCGGGAGCAGUAUGCGGAUCGGGCGCGGUAUUCAGCCUUUUAAAGCUUGAGGUGGGAUGUGUGUGGGCUGAAAUUCCGAGCUGCGAUUGUGCAUGAGAAUACACCCUUCGUGAUACCCCAUCUCUGGGACGUUUUCGGCUC